AUGGCCGCAGUGAGCGACAACACAGAGGAUGCGCAUGUGGAAGCUCCGGAGGUGGUUGACAUCCCCAUGAAUCCAAAGGAUUCCGCAGACUCUGCCGUGAAUGCGACUCUGUCCACAGCCGCCUCUUCAGAUGAGAAAACUGCUGCAGAGCUGCAUAAGGCCUACUCGACCUCGACUGCAGGUCGCCGAACAAGGCUGAUUGGGUUGGCAGAAGACUCCCGCUGGAAGCUUCGCAGAGAGGAGCUCCAGAUGCAGCGGGAGCUGAGCCGAACGCUCAAGAGCUCGCUCUACCUUGCGACAUGGAAAGGCACCGACGUGGUCAUGAAGUGCGUGGAGGUCCCCGAGACUUAUGACAGGACUGCUGAGAAGAGGAAGGCCUCAAAUGAGGCCUUCGACCCUACGGCAUCGCGACCGCUCCAUGCCUCCGAGGUUAACCAGGAUCUUCUUGAAGAGUUGCUGCAUGAGAUCGAGCUGCUCUCUUCUUUGCGGCACCCAGACUUGGUGCUGUUCAUUGGAGCGUGCCUUGACAAGGACUCUCCUGUGAUGUGCGUCACGGAGUACAUGCCCGGCGGGGACUUGGAGCGCCAUUUCAUGGCCAUGCGGCGGAAGCAUCAAACCAACGUGUGGCGACCACCUUUCCCUCAGAUCAUGGAAUGGUGUUUGGCAGUCGCACGGGGGCUCAGCUUCCUGCAUAGCCGCGAAGAGCCCAUAAUUCACCGCGACCUCAAGCCAUUGAAUUUGUUGCUGACAAAGCACGGCGAGAUGAAGAUUGCAGAUCUGGGCAUUUCGAAAAUGAUGGCGGCUGUGGCCGGCGAUGUGUACACAAUGACUGGUGGAGUCGGAAGUUGGCUGUACAUGGCACCGGAAGUUGUCAGGCAUCAGGCCUACAACGAGAAGGCGGACAUCUACGCCUUUGCCUUGAUCAUGUAUUUCAUGAGCUCCGGGCGCCACCCUUUCCACGAGAUUUCCAAAGAUCCUGAACUCGUGCUGAGGGAGUAUGCCAAAGGCAACGAACCAAGGCCCAAUCCUGUUGAGUGCCACCUUCAACUGCGACAGCUCAUGGCCGAGAGCUGGCACGUUGACAAGAUGUCGCGGCCAUCUGCGCAGCGAAUUGCAAUUCAGCUGCGCGAGGCUGCCGACAACUACACACCACCUGGAUGUCUAUGCAAAAGAUACUAG